CUUUCUUUGUCCACUUACCUUUUGGCACACCAUCCAAUGCACUUCUUUAAUCCAUUUUAUCUUGUAAUUUGUAUAUUAAAAAAUUAUAGAAAUUAUAUAUUAAUAAUCUAUAUGUUAAGACAAAUCAAACAAGAUCACACAUGACUAUAUUUAGGCUUACACAUUGAGAGAAUUUGAUGAGUCAAAGUACUUAGAUGAACAAUUCCAAAAGUCAAAAGUGGACAAAGAGAGUGGGACGGAGGCCAUCUUUAGAGGAUUUGAGCAAGACGCAAAUCAGAAUGAAUGCGAUCGUACUCAUUCCUGUUGGUGAUCAUAAUGCGGAGGUUGACUUUUUGCAGCAUGCUCGGGCCUUGAUGUUGAAGGUUAUGGGUGGUGCUUUGUUCUCUAGCACGACGGGUAACAAGGUGAACUUGUGCCUUUUGGAGUUGCUCGCUGGCACGGUGCAAGAUCUGCGAAGUCUCGCUAUAGGCACCGAGGCAUUGGCUUGCCUUUAUAGUAUUUUGUGUCAUGCAGCUCUAUCGGAGACUACACAAAUCGGCGGCCCUCUCAUUCUUAUACAGACUUGGGCAUGGGAGCGCAUCCUGAUGUGUAGACCAAAGGGCGUAGUUCCACCUGAAUAUGGGAUAGAUGCACCGACCACCACAGGGACCAUGGCUUCUAGGACGACACAUUUUCUAGAGGAGUGGGAAGUCCGACAACAGAGUGUUUUGGAGAUUGACCUUGAUCAUCACGGAUACACUAAUGCAUAUCGACAGUGGUAUUACCUAUAUGGUAGACGCAUUAUAUGCAACCCGACACAUGACCACGUUUUUGUCACUGGAUAUGUCCCUGUCAAUCUGGAUGUUCAUUGCCUGCUUUACAGUUUGCUGGACAUUUCACAACGAACAAGCCAAACAGAUGUAGAGCAACCUGAACAAGGCGUCCUGAUACAUGUCGGGAUGCAACGGUGCGGGGUCGCCCCCCGAAGGCAACGUCAGAACCAGGAGAUACAAGACGAGGUCGACGCAUAUAUUGUCGACCCUAGCCCGGAGCUCCACCAACAUAUACCUGGGGGAGACGAGACAGGGACAUCAUUCUUUACAACAUCUUCUCUGCAACCACCAUUUGGUGACAGGGCAUCCUUUUCACAUGGUACCCCCCCUCGCUUAAAUGACGACACAACUUCCUAGCACACCAGUUCGACUACAGGGGGACGUAUACGGGGACUUCAUAUCGCAUUUAACUCAAGAGGAUGAGACAUAAGAUUUUUGACGUAGUUUUUAAAUAUGUAGGUUUUAUUUUUUACUUGUAAGUCAUUCUUCAAAUAAAAUGAAUUGCAAAAAUUAAUAAAUUACUUCGUUUAGCAUGAUGUUAGUUACAUUUUGGGGCGGAGGGAGUAUUAGUUACUCCCUCCGUCCAAAAAAGAACUUCCCGGUUUGACCGGGCACGCAAUUUUAUGUGUGAUGAAAAUUGUGUUGACUUUCCCAUUAUACCCUCACCCCUAUCUUCCCUCUCCACCGCCAUGAACCAUCAAUUGGUUCUGUCACCCACUCUCACCAUCCCCCCGGCAUCUUCAAUCAGAUAACCAAGCACAGAUUCGGGUGACUUGCGAGAAAUUCCGGAAAAAAUUCCAGCGCCAAUCCCACAGCAUCUUCAGGGAGAAAUUC